AUGAAGGGUGAGAACCAGAGCAGCGUGUCUGAGUUCCUCCUCCUGGGCCUCCCCAUCUGGCCAGAGCAGCAGGCUGUGUUCUUCGCCAUGUUCCUGGGCAUGUACCUGACCACGGUGCUGGGGAACCUGCUCAUCAUCCUGCUUAUCCGGCUGGACUCUUGCCUCCACACCCCCAUGUACUUCUUCCUCAGCCACUUGGCUCUCACUGACAUCUCCUUUUCAUCUGUCACUGUCCCAAAGAUGUUAAUAAGCAUGCAAACUCAGGAUCAAUCCAUUCCUUAUGCAGGGUGUGUAGCUCAGAUGUAUUUUUUCAUAUUUUUCACUGUUCUGGACAAUUUCCUUCUCACCUCAAUGGCAUACGAUCGGUACAUGGCCAUCUGUCACCCCCUCCGCUACACCACUAUCAUGAAAGAGGAACUGUGUACCUUCUUAGUAGCUGUGUCCUGGGUACUCUCCUGUACCAAUGCCCUGUCUCACACUCUUCUCCUGGCCCAGCUGUCCUUUUGUGCUGACAACACCAUCCCCCAUUUCUUCUGUGACCUUGCUGCCCUACUCAAGCUCUCAUGCUCAGAUAUCUCCCUCAAUGAGCUGGUCAUUUUCACAGUGGGACUGGCAGUCAUUACUCUACCACUAAUAUGCAUCUUGAUCUCUUAUGGUCACAUUGGGGUCACUGUCCUGAAGGCUCCAUCUUCCAAGGGGAUCUUCAAAGCCUUGUCCACCUGUGGUUCCCACCUCUCUGUGGUGUCUCUGUAUUAUGGCACAAUUAUUGGACUGUAUUUUCUCCCCUCAUCCAGCGCUUCCAGUGACAAGGACAUAAUUGCCUCUGUGAUGUACACAGUGGUCACCCCAUUGCUGAAUCCCUUCAUUUAUAGCCUAAGGAACAGAGACAUAAAGGGAGCCCUGAAGAGACUCUUCAACAGGGCAACAGUCUUAUCUCAAUGA